AUGGGACAGGAUAGAUUGAUUAAACACCAAUUGAUCAUAGUUCGACAUGGACAAAGUGAAUGGAACAAAGUGAAUAAAUUUUGUGGAUGGAUUGAUGUUUUAUUGACCAAAAAGGGAGAAGAGGAAGCUCGAAAUGCUGGGAGAUUAAUCAAUAAAGCCAAAUUGAAACCAGAUUUGUUGAUUACAUCUAAAUUAAGUCGAUCGUGUUUAACUGGAUCGAUAAUUUGCAAAGAGAUUAAUCGGUUAUAUAUUGAUGUUUACAGGACAUGGCGAUUGAAUGAGAGACAUUAUGGGAAGUUUCAAGGAGAAGAUAAGACCAAGAUAUUACAGCAAGUUGGAGAGAAGAAAUAUUUAUACUACAGACGAAAUAUCAAUGGGUGUCCACCAUUAGUUGAGAAGGAGGAAUUCGAAAAAAGUGUGGAUGAUCGGUACAAAUAUAAAGAGGAUUUCAAGCUAACUGAAGAGAAAGAAGAAUUUGAAGCCAAAGAGAGAGAAGGAAUUUUGGAAUUACCAAGAGGAGAGUCGUUAAAGAUGGUUAUUGAGAGAGUUAAGCCAUUUUAUGAGAAGAUUGUGUUGAAAGAAAUGAAGAUUGGAAAGACAGUGUUGAUUGUUUGUCAUGGAUCAACAGUUCGGUCGUUAAUUAAGAUAAUCAGCGAGGAUCAAGUGAGUGAUGAGGAUAUUGAGAAGAUUAACAUACCCAAUGGGAUACCAUUAGUUUAUGAGUUUGAUAAGGACUUGAACAGAGUUGGGGAUUAUUAUUAUUUGGAUCCAGAGAAAGCGAUAAAGAGAGCCAAAGAGGUUGAAAGACAGGGUUUUGAGAAUAAGAAAUAA